UCUCUCUGAAUUUUCCUUCGAAGUAACAGCAAAAGAGAGAAUCGAGAGAGAGAAACAAAGAGAAAAAACGAUUUUUUUUUUAUUUUAUUUUCCGUUUCCCCAAAUCUUCACGAAGCGCUAUGAAAAGCUUCCACACAAAUGGAUUUCUAGGGUUGGUAUCGAUUCCAAAUUACAAUUUCAUUCGCAACUCGAACCGAUUCAGCUCGGCGAUAACCCGGUGAGUUCGCCGAGUUACUGCUCAGUCUUAAUGAUUUUCUUUCCACAGUCCAAACGCCAACGAGAUCUGUAAAUCCCCAUAUGCUUUAAAUUCAGAUAUAUUACCUCUACGUGAAGUUUAUAGAUAAGGAUAUCAGUAUUCGGGCGUAAAAAUUGUUCUUGUCAUGCAAUUGAAAUCGGCCUCGGAUUCUUCACAGAAGCGAAGGGAUUUUAGCCCGAGAGGAACUAGGCUUCGAAAGAAGCAUAAGAGACUCGAUGCCAUAUGCGAAAACGUUUAUAAUCAAAAUCAUAGUGAAUCCAACGAGGGAAGAGGAGAGUCCACCCAGGAUGCCAAUUUGGAGCUGCGUCGCAGCUCACGAGUGCGGCGGGCACCGGUUGUGCUCGAUGUCUCACCUCCUCCUGUCAAAAAGCGCAGGAAGAUUGGUAAGAAUGUCAAUUUGAGUGUUAAUAGAAAUGGUGGUAGUGUUAGUCUAGGGAGUGUUAAAAGGGAAGAUAGUGAGAGAUUAGAGGAUUUGGAUACUCCAGGGAGUUGGAGAUCGCGGUUGAGAUCAAGGGGUAGGAAUGUGGCGACUAGAGAGAGAGGCGAGACAAGUGGGAGAAGGAAGCUUUUUGAUGAAAUAGAGACGACGGAAAGUGAAUUGGCUGGGAAUAAAGGAUAUUUGGAUGGUGAGAAGAUGAUGGUUGUGAGAUCAAAGAGGCCAGGGAGGGUAAAGGCAGUAAAUGGUUUGGGGAAUGAAAUGAAAGCGGGUGGAACAUGUGGUCUUGAGGAUGUGAAUGAGAAGGAUGAGGGUAAAGAGUGUAUAAGGAAUGAUGAGAGUGAGAAGGAUGAGAUUCGGGUGGCAGAGAAUGAGGCCAAGGAGGGCAUGGCAGUUUUAGGUAGUGAAAUAGGCAGUGGAAAUGAUGGGGAGGUAGGGGGGAAUGAUGCUGAUGAGAGUAUGGAAGUUUCAGUUGCUGCAAUGGGUGGUGGAAAUGAGGUGGAGGUAGUGGAUGAUGGUUCUGCACUGUUAGGAUCAGAUGAAGUGAAUGAACAAGAGCAGAAAGAGAAAUUGCAUGAUUUGGAGUUGAAGAAGACCCCGGAUGGACAUGAUAAUGUGGAAUAUGUAGAGCAGAGUGACAAAGCGGAGGAUUUGGAGAAUGGGAUGGAUUUGAAAAAUGAAAGAGAAGUUGUUGAAGUUGAUGGGGCACUGGUAAAUGAGGUGGAGGAUCCUGAUGAGGAAGGACAUGCUGAGGUUAAUGAAAUUCCCUUGGAAGUUGAGAAAGAUGCGAAGGCAGACAAAUUGAAUCAUGAUUUGCAUACUCUUGAUAGGCCACGGAUUAAACAGGGGAGACGGUGUGGUUUGUGUGGAUGUGGUAAUAAUGAUGGUAAGCCACCUAAGAGGUUGGUUCAAGAUGCUGGUGAAAGUGAACGUGAGACAUACAGUGGCUCAUCAGCGUCAGAGGAGCCCAACUAUGAUGUCUGGGAUGGAUUCGGUGAUGAACCAGGGUGGCUUGGACGCCUAUUGGGUCCUAUAAAUGACCGAUAUGGUAUUGCUGGAAUUUGGGUUCAUCAACACUGUGCUGUAUGGAGUCCAGAGGUUUAUUUUGCUGGUUUAGGUCGCUUAAAAAAUGUAAGGGCUGCACUUUGCAGAGGAAGAGCAUUAAAAUGCACACGCUGUGGAAGACCAGGCGCAACUAUCGGAUGUCGUGUUGAUCGAUGUCCAAAAACUUAUCACUUGCCUUGUGCUCGAGCUAAUGGCUGCAUCUUUGAUCAUCGUAAAUUUCUUAUAGCAUGCACAGAUCAUCGACAUCUCUUCCAGCCUCAUGGUAAUCAAUAUUUAAUGCGGAUAAAGAAAUUGAAGGCCAGGAAAAUGAGGUUAGAAAUGAGGAAGCUAUCAAAUGAUGCUUGGCGAAAGGAUGUUGAAGCUGAAGAAAAAUGGUUGGAGAACUGUGGGGAGGAUGAAGAGUUUUUGAAACGUGAGAGCAAGAGGCUUCAUCGAGAUUUGUUGAGAAUUGCACCUGUGUACAUUGGAGGCUCUGAGUCUGAGAGUGGAAAACUAUUUGAGGGAUGGGAAUCUGUUGCUGGGCUAAAGCACGUGAUACAGUGUAUGAAGGAAGUAGUUAUUUUACCACUUCUAUAUCCUGAGUUUUUUAGUAAUCUAGGAAUGACACCUCCUAGGGGUGUUCUUUUGCAUGGGCAUCCUGGAACAGGUAAAACACUUGUUGUGCGAGCAUUGAUUGGUUCAUGUGCACGUGGUGACAAACGGAUUGCAUAUUUUGCUCGUAAAGGUGCAGACUGCUUAGGAAAGUAUGUUGGUGAUGCUGAGCGCCAGCUUAGACUCUUGUUUCAGGUUGCUGAGAGAUGUCAACCUUCUAUAAUAUUCUUUGAUGAGAUAGAUGGAUUAGCCCCUUGUCGUACAAGGCAGCAAGAUCAGACUCACAGUUCAGUUGUCUCCACAUUGCUUGCUUUAUUGGAUGGUUUAAAAUCCCGAGGUUCAGUGGUGGUGAUAGGUGCAACAAAUCGACCUGAGGCUGUUGAUCCAGCAUUGCGUAGACCUGGGAGAUUUGACAGGGAGAUUUAUUUUCCAUUGCCAUCAGUUGAGGACAGGGCUGCCAUACUUUCACUUCACACACAGAGGUGGCCAAAACCAGUUACUGGAUCUUUGCUGCAGUGGGUUGCAAGAAGAACUGUUGGCUUUGCUGGUGCUGAUCUGCAGGCUCUUUGUACUCAAGCUGCCAUAAUUGCACUGAAGAGAAAUUUCCCUUUGCAAGAAAUUUUAUCUGCUGCUGGAGAGAAAGCUCCUGGUGCUAAACGUGUUCCUCUUCCAGAUUUUGCAGUUGAAGAGAGAGACUGGUUAGAGGCCUUAGCAUGUGCCUCACCUCCCUGCUCUCGUAGAGAAGCUGGAAUAGCUGCUCAUGAUUUGGUGUCUUCUCCUCUUCCUACCCACCUUAUUCCUUGUUUAUUGCAGCCAUUAUCCCAGUUGCUUGUUUCUCUCUAUCUUGAUGAACGGCUCUGGUUGCCUCCACCCCUUUCUGAAGCUGCUGUGAUGGUUAAAAGAGUGAUAAUUUCUUCUUUAGCGAUGAAGAAUCUCCCUACUAAUCAGUGGUGGUCUCAUGUUGAUAAUUUACUUCAAGAAGCAGAACUUGCCAAGGAAAUACAGAAAAGGCUUUCAUCUACUGGAAUAUUAAGUGGAGAGGGCACCUAUUCUGGUGUUGAUGCCUUUGCUGAUGAAAAUGAUGAUGAUAGAGUGAUGCUUAAACCUUCAGUGGUGCGUAACGGGGGUAUGAGCAUUGGUUUGUCUGGAAGUUUAUCUUUUGCAUCAUUAAAGAAACCAGGAUACCGGGUAUUGUUUGCUGGGAGUCCUAGAUCUGGGCAGAGACAAUUGGCUUCUUGCAUACUUCAUUGCUAUCUUGGGAAUGCAGAAGUUCAGAAGGUUGAUCUGGCUACAAUUUCACAAGAAGGGCACGGGGAUAUGGUCCAAGGGAUUACACAGAUAUUGAUGAAAUGUGCUAGCUUGGAGUCAUUCGUGAUUUUCAUGCCAAGAAUUGAUUUGUGGGCUGUGGAAUCAUGUCAGCAAGUUACUGAGGAGAGUGAUGCAUCUUCAACAGACCAUCAACUUUCUGAGGAAACAGAAUUUUGUUCCACACCAAUUCAAGUUGUUGGAAAGGAAAAUGAAUCCAUUGCACAUCAAUGCAGUGAAUCUGAAAUGCCACAGCCACAAGAUGCUACCCUGUGCACCUCACAUGCCUGGAGCUCAUUUGUUGAGCAGGUGGAGUCUAUACGCGUGUCAACAUCCUUGAUCAUUCUGGCUACUUCAGAACUUCCAUAUCUGAAACUCCCACAUAGAAUAAGGGAAUUCUUUAAGAGUGAUAUCUCAAAUAGCAGUCAGUUGACUCCUUUGGAGCACACGGUGCCCCGAUUCUUGGUUCAUACUGGUGGGAAUUUCAAUCGUGAUGUGGUGGCCAGUCUUUCUGCGGCAAAGUUAUUGAGGGAUAUAAUACAACUCUUUGUUCUGUUGGUUCAUCAAAGGGUGCAUAUGCAUAUUGGUUCAUCCAGACAGUAUAAAUUUUGUGAUUCUAUUGAAGGAUCUCUUGAUACAGAAUAUCACAAUAAAAAUCAUGGCUCAGCUGGUGAAAAUGAGUGUAGAGAAGAAUUUCUUUAUGAACAUUCAAAAGUUCCACCACCUCCCAAUAAUAGAAGUUUAAAAGGAAAAUCAAGCUUGCUAUUAGCAAUAUCUACAUUUGGACAUCAAAUUCUUCGAUAUCCCCAUUUUGCUGAACUUUGUUGGGUCACAUCAAAACUGAAAGAAGGUCCUUGUGCAGAUGUUAGUGGACCUUGGAAGGGCUGGCCUUUCAAUUCUUGCAUUAUUCGUCCUGGUAACAUGGAUUCUGUGACAUUUUCUUCAGGGAAUGUUAAAAGCAAAGAGAGAUCUGGUUUAGUCAGAGGCUUAGUUGCUAUUGGCUUAUCAGCAUACAGAGGUGUGUACAAAUCACUCAGAGAGGUCUCCUUUGAGGUAAGGAAAGUCCUUGAGCUUUUAGUUGGACAAGUGAAUGAAAAGAUUCAGGCUGGGAAAGACAAAUAUCAGUAUGUUCGUCUCUUAUCGCAAGUAGCGUAUCUGGAAGAUAUGGUCAACAACUGGGCACAUGCAUUGCAAAGUUUAGAACUUGACACUCAAAUCACUGUGGCGAAUGCUAGGCAAAGCACCGUGGAAUUUCUAGGUAACCAUUCUUGUGAGGAUCAUUUAGCUCAAAGUGAAGAAUGCAAGGAAGGCUUACCAAAUAAAAGCUCCCAUGAAUCUGAAUGCCUGGCAGGAAGUCCUAUGGAAUUUGUUCCUGAAAAUGAAGGUGUUGAAUUGAACAAAGGAGACAAUGGUUUUUGUCAUUCUAGCUCUGAGGUGAUAGAUGUUCUCUCAGAAGACAUAUCCGCACAGCGGAUUGUCCUUUGUGGCCAUAACAACUCAGAUAAGCAGCUUCAAAGUUCUACAUCUGAUAACCAAUUGGUUGAUAAUAAUACAGAUGAGCAGAAUGAGACUGCUCUUGGACAGUGUGAGCCAGAAAAUACUGAAACUCUUGCAGUUGUUACUGGAUUGGACAAUGGGUCAUCAAAACAUUCUAAUGGAUUUGUGGUUACAGAAGCUGUUCUUCCCUCUGAGAAUGGUCUCUUUAAUUCAGGUAAACCAUGUGCUGAUAAAUUCUCUGGCUCCUUAAUAUCCAGUGACCAGGUCAAUAGAGUGGCUGCAAUGGAGGGUGCAAUUAGAUGUGAGGAUGCUCUGCCUGACUUCAGUGACCAUAUUGGGAAUGUCAACUUAUCUCCUGGCAAAUAUACUAAUACCAGUCAUUCUGCUGAUUCUGGUGUUGUGUGUUCAUAUAUUUGUUGUUCUGGAUGCCUAUGCACCCUCCAUGGACUGAUUCAGAAAAUUCUUGUUCGGGAAUGGGGAUUAAACAAUAGCUAUUGGGUGGCAGAGGAUGUUCAUGAUAUUGUUUCAUCAUUGUCUGUAGAUCUUCUUUCAGCAGUUAGGAAAGUUGAUAUGGCUGAAAAUAUCAACAAUUCAUUUGAUGAGAACCUGAGAUGUGGUAAUGCUGAAAGAUUGUCUGAAUGUCCAGAACUGCGUAAUUGUCAUUGCAAAAGUUCAGGAAAUAGUUUAGCUUUGGCAACGGAAUGUAGUUGCCACUCAGUGGAUGGCUGUUUAACUGCAAAAGGAAGUUACUCCCCAAAUUCACAGUUCGGGCUUGAACUGGAAUUUAUUUUCAGAGAUGGCAUCCUGUUACCUGUGGAUUCUAACAAAGAUGUUUCUUUCCAUUGUAAAUACAAGACUUUAUGCCUUUGUUCUCUUAUAAAGUCAGUAGUAAUGAUGAAGCAGCCUUUUGAUUGAUAUGAUAUUUUCACAGCAUGGAUUGCCUAGCAAUGGCAUCAUAUGGUGUUUUUGCGAAUUUAGGUGUAAAUUUUCAUUUAAGAGAUAUAAAGGAUCAAAUUUUUUGGGCAGUUCCAAUUUAUGGGUGUUUAAUUGCUUUCCAUGGUCAGCCGUUCAGGAGAAAUGCUUUCUAUGGAGGACAGUUCAGUCUACUUUUCUUCUGCUCUCAAAAAGAUUUUGACGCAGGAAGAAGCUAAGAAAGAAACUUGUGCCAUGUGAAUACAACAUAUACUGAGGUCAGUUCCUAGUUGAUUUCGUAUAAGAUGAUAAGUGAUUGUUGCUUUCUGUUUUUUCUGCAUAUAUAGCUUUAUGUUGGUUCCCAAGACAAUUGCGUCAAGCAAUUAGGAAUAUGAAUCUAUAGACAGUUUAUUA